AUGGCUUCCCAAUGGCUUGGAUCGAUUCCUCCUCCUCCGGGAGUCGAGCCGAAUUUCAUUGAUCCGUAUGAUCAUAUGACGGAGAAUAUUGCGCUGCAUACGGUGUUACUGACGCUGACCACGCUGGCCGUGGGUAUGCGACUUUACACGCGCUUAAGGAUCACAAAGGCCAAACUUGGGGUGGACGACUGUUAUACAAAGGGAAUCGGUCGCCACAUGUGGAAUGUCCCCAUUCAAGAUGUCACAGAAAUGCUAAAGUGGUUUUCCAUCGGAUCCUUUAUUUACUUGCUCCUCGGGGGCUGCGUCAAACUCACCUUCCUCUUCUUCUACUACCGAAUCUUCUCGGAAACAAACAAGAUGCGCUACCUCGUCAUACUCGGCAUCGUGUUGGUCGUCGGCUUCAGUCUCAGCCUGUUCUUCGGAAACGUCUUUAGCUGCAUCCCGGUGGAAAAAGCAUGGAACCCAAUUGUCCCAGGCCACUGUUUGAACCCUGUGAUUCUGCCUUAUGUUUCUGGCAUCUCGAGCUCGGUGUUGGAUCUGUACACGCUGGUUUUGCCUGUCCCGGUCCUUGUGGGCCUGAACAUGGAUCUGAAGCGGAAGGUGAAGGUCAUUGCCGUCUUUAGCAUUGGUCUACUGGCCUGCGCCGCCAGUCUUAUUCGCCUCGGAAUGACGCCGAUUCUCCAUAGCAGUCCCGAUGCUUCCUGGAAUCUCUCCAAGAUGUCUGUGUGGGCGACUGUCGAAGUCAACGUGGGCCUCAUUUGCGCGUGUCUCAUGCUUCUGCCCGCCUUCCUCAACCACGUCCUCCAAGGCCCCGUCCUGGAUUCCAUGUCUCGCUUGUUCUCUGGAGCUUUUGGUCGGUUGUCUGGGAGGAGAUCUCAUGAGAGCAAGUCUCCUAUUGGGAACCGCGAUACUUGGGCGGCGUAUGUUGAGCAGCGAGAUUCCGACUCUCAGUUCAAGGGCCUGCACCACCACGAGGUUGCGCAAAACGAAGUCGCGCAAAAAUAA